AAUGAUGGCCUCAAUUGUGCGUAAAAUAGCAUCUUCGUGCAGCUCCGGACCGUUAAAUAGUGAUGUUCUUUGUCAGGCUCUUUCCACUCUCAGAGGAAUUGUGGAGUCCUGUUAUGGCCCAUUUGGUAGACUUAAACUAAUUCACAAUGCUGUAGGAGGCUACGUUUUAACCACAUCACAGUCUUCAGCCCUUUUGCGUAGCCUUUCUGUGUCCCAUCCUGUGAUCAAGUUACUAAUAGCUUCCGUGCUGAAUCAUGUUUCUCGAUUUAGCGAUUCUGGACUAUUUACAGCAAUUCUCUGCUGUAAUUUGGCUGAAAGUGCAAAACAACUUAACAUAUUAACCAGUCACAUUGUCAAAAUCCAUAAACACCUUCUGAAUAUUUGCCUUGACUAUCUAACUUCAGAAGAAUGUAGCUGCAAAAUACAAAUAGAUUUUAGUAACAGCAAGACUUUGCUUUCGCUUGUUCGUACGAUGAUAAAUAAGCCUACUUGUAUGCUGACCACAAAAGAAGCUGACUACAUCAGUUCAUUAGUGUUAAAGGCAUUCUUUUAUUCAAUACCAUCUGUGAUCGGAGAUAAUAUAUCUUUGGGAAAGAUGCAGAUUGUUCCCAUUGAGGGACAACGUGUUACUGACUCUUGUGUGCUUUCUGGGAUCCUUAUAGAGAUAUUUUCAUCUCCUUCAACAACAGUUGAUAUUACAAAAUUGACAAUUGGUUACAUUAAGGUUGCUGUAUUCAAUGUCUCCAUGUCAGGAGAUGUUGUUGACAGUGGAAAUGGAACCUGGGAGGUGACACCAGGUUUCAGGCCAGAAGAUGAAUCACUUGCACAGCUGCUGAAAGUGGGAAAACAGCUAGUUUGUGACCAAGUUCACCUUGUGGUAUGCCAAAAAGUAAUCCAUCCUGUUCUAAAACAAUAUCUUCAGGAGCAACAAGUGAUGGUAGGAGAUAGACUUGGAGUUGCUCUCAUGGACCCUCUGAUUCAAAUAACAGGUGCACAAUCCAUUAGUUCAUAUUAUCAUCCUAUUCCCCCUGACUGCUAUGGCAUUAUUAAGAACCUGUGCGUAGUGAAGUUUGGUUUCAAGCAAUUCCUACACCUGAUUCCAAAUGAGAAUAAGCCUGUGUGUAGUUUGUUACUAUGCAAUCGAAGUGAAGCUGGAGUGAAUGAGCUGAAGCUUGUCUGUCAAUCUGCAGAACAUGUGUUGCGACUUACACUCAAAGAGCCUUUAGCUGUACUAGGAGGAGGUUGUACUGAAUUCCAUCUGGCUACUUAUGUUGGACAUAAGCGUCAAAGUGUGACUGAUGAAGCAUUAGCAGAGUUGGGCUGCUCUCGAUCUGAAUAUGGAAUUGUUGCUGACAGUUUCUGCCGCUCAUUGCAGCGUACUGCCUCAUCACUGGAACAUGAUGGCGGUGAGAACUUCAUUGAUACUAAGUAUUCCCAUCGUUGGUCAGUUCUGCCCAAGAUCCCUCUGCACACAGACUGGUCAGAAGUAUUUUCUAGAUGUGCUUGCCGUUUAUACACAGCGGAACCAAAUCUAAACUGGAUUGUUCCAGGUAAUGGGGUGGCAAUAACAAGCCUAGAAUUGCCCCUUGAGAGACCUACUGAGUAUCUCCCAGAUCAAUUAGUAUUGGACUCUUAUUCUGUGAAACUUAAUGCAUUGCAAGUAGCUGUAGAAACAGCAAAUUUAAUUGUUGAUUUACAGUACGUUAUUCAGGACCAGAAUUAAACUUCUGAGGCACUGAAAUUCCAUCCAAUCCCAAAACAAGACUUAUAAAUAUAACUUACAACUUAAGGUCACAGGUUAGUAUUAUUUGCCAUGAUGCCUGGAAAGAUUUUCUGAUAAAAUCUCAGGUGUGCAUUAUUUUGAACUAAAAUCAAAUGUUUUACAACAUUAUCUUAUGUAAUAAAUUUUCUCAGACAGUUCUGAUUACAGAAAUCAAGACUUGCGUAGCAUGUGAUGCUGUGUGUUAAUGUAUUAAUUCUGUAUGUUGAAGUACUGACUCACAGCACUAUAUUAUGGGAGGAUACUAGUCUGAUUCCUUUUCCAGUGAACCAUACAAGGCAUAGUGUUUUAAUGCAGGGAGAAGAAGAUGGAAUGCUUGGCGUAUGUAACAGGUCUCUGCCCGCUUUUACAUUUCAUGGAUGUUGCGGUCAAGAAUUUUCAGAGACAAAGAAAUAAUAAUUUCCCAUUUAUUUGAUGCAAACCUGACUUCAUCCCUAAAAAAUUGUAGGUGAGCUCAAAUGCGACAUUGUCUGCUGAUGUAUGAGAUACUUUGCUAUUUAAAUGCUGUCCAUUGGCCCCCUAUGUAUAUUAAAAACAAACAUCCACUGUACACAAGAGAUAACACAGUGUGAAGCUGGAUGAACACUGCGGGCCAAGCAGCAUCAGAGG